AUGUCCUCUCAUACAAAUACUAUUAUUCCAUCCCCAACUGACACGAAAGCUCUUGCUAAUCGAAUAAAUUUCCAAACACGUGAUGCGCACAAUAAAAUCAAUAAGAAGAUGAGCAUAAAACUAGCCAUAGCUUUAAGACAUGGGUUCAUAUAUAGACAAGGAAUUUUAACAUAUUAUUACAUCUUUAAAGUUGUCGAGGAAGAAAUAAUAAAAUUGACUACCUCACCCACAACUUCAGAAGAGGUCAAGAUUGGCAAUUUACUCUCGAAAACAUGGAUACCUGAAUUUAAUAGAACUGAAAAUCUUCUCAAGGAUUUACAAUUAUUGUAUCAUGAUGAAUACCCAACAAAGGAAGCAUUACAACUAUUUUUGGAAACUAAUGCAACAGAAUUGCCUCCAGUACUGGACUCAUUCAUUAAAUAUAUUCAUCAGUCUAUUUUAGAGAAUCCAUGCUCUAUCUUCGCUUACUGUCAUGUCUUAUAUCUGGCAUUAUUUGCUGGGGGUAAAAUCAUCAGAUCCAAGAUUUAUAAGAAUCUUGGAUUUUUACCAAAUUUUAAUCAUCUUUCCUCGAAGGAGGUAUUUGAAAAGGGAACAAAUUUUUUUAAAUUUGGUUCAGAUGGUGUCAUUGAGGAAACAAAAUUAAAAUUAGAAUUUAAAAAGAACUAUGAAUUAAAUACAAGAGAAAGCUUAAAUGAGAAGGAAAAAUCAAUUAUUAUUGAAACUUCAAAGAAAAUUUUUGACUACAAUUUAAUGGCAAUGGAGGAAUUAGGAUCUAUUAAUAAAGAGCAACUAAUGAGUAAACUUAAUUUUAAAAUGGUUACUUAUUUGCUUGAGGAAUGGAAAUUCAAUGACAAUUUUUUAUCAAAGAGGGGGAAACACUUGAUAAUGGUGGUUAUGGUCCUAUUACAUAUGCUUUUUGCCUUUUUCAUUUUGAAAAGGUUUUUAUAA